AUGAUUAGAAGUAUAUUGUAUCUCACUGCUAGUCAUCCUAACAUCACCUUCUGUGUUGGUGUUUGUGCUCUCUAUCAAGCCAAUCCUAAAAUGAUCAAUCUCAUACAAGCCAAAAGAAUGAUCAAGUAUAUAAAAGAAACUCGUGGAUGUGGGAUCAUGUACUCCUAUGAUACUAAUUCCAUUCUAGUUGAAUAUUGUGAUGUUGAUUGGGAAGGUAAUGCUAAAGAUAGAAAAACUACCUCAGGCGGGUUUUUCUUCUUGAGAAACAAUCUCAUUUUAUGGUUUAGCAAAAAGAAAAAUGGUGCUUCACUAUCCACUACUGAAGUUGAAUACAUUAUUGUUGGAAGAAGUUGUGCUCACCUCUUGUGGAUGAAGCAAAUGUUGAAAGAGUACAAUGUUAGUAAAGAUGUUAUGCCAUUACACUGUGACAACGUGAGAACUAUUAACAUUUCCAAGAAUCCAGUUUAG